GAGAUCGUCAUCGGGGUUAGACCCACCCUUAUUGAAACCGAAUGGUCUCUGGAAGAGAUUUGUCAGGAACAGCACGAUGAUCCAGUUGUCUCAACUGUACUUGAGGCAAAGUUGAACACGCCGGCCGAACAAGCACCACCUAGUGAUUGGGCAGAUGAUAGUGAACUUCGUCGUUAUCGGCAAGUUUGGAAACAACUGGAAAUAAUUGACUGUUUUUUUUUGCAUCGACGCGUAUCAACAAGUGGUCGGAAAGAUUGUCUCGUUCUUGUAGUUCCUCGGAAAAUGCGUGCGGAUCUGUUGCGGCUCUCUCACAAUGAUCCAAGUUCUGAGCAGAUGGGUAUUAAUCGCUGCGUCGAACGUUUGCAGCCGUGGUAUUACUGGCUUGGAAUAACCAGCGAUGUGCAUCUGUGGGUUGCAGAGUGUAACGUGUGUAACCAAAGGCAACCGUCGUCAGCAUCCAACCAUUCCCCCAUGGAGAACAUCCGAGUAUCACAACCAAUGGAGUUGUGGGCAAUGGAGAUUUAA